AUGUUAAAUAUACCUCAAAAAGGUACAUGGGUAGGACGAGGUUCCAUGUUAAUGUCCCUUGUACGGAAGAUAACGACAUUUGGAAUCGUACCCAAGUCUUCGUCUUUGAGUUUAGAAUCUUACUGCCAAGUCAACGACAAUGAUAGAGUAUAUUCCAAGAACAGAGCUAUUGAUAGUUUUAUCAAAGUUGGGGACUUUGAUUCUGCUCUCCAAGUGUUCGAUGAAACGCCGCUUUAUGAUGUUGUUUCGUAUAACUUGAUAAUUUCUGGGUACCGUCGUUGUGGGCUUUUGAAAGAGUCUUUUGGGUUUUAUAAUGAAAUGGUUUCUCGAGGAAUUCGUGAGAGUGAAUCAACGUUUUCCUCUGUAUUGGGUGUGUGUAGUGAUGCUGGGUUUUAUGCUCAAGGGAUUCAAGUUCACUGUAGAGUUGUUUUGAUGGGUUUUGGUUUGAACUUGUUUGUGGGAAGUUCUCUUAUUAAUCUUUAUAUGCAAAUGGGGCAAGAAAACUUGGCUCUUGAGAUGUUUGAUGAAUUGCCUGAAAGAAAUUUGGAGACUUGGAAUUUGAUGCUACGUGGGUUGUGUGAAGUGGGUCGAGUUGAGAAGUUGUUGGAAUUGUAUUUUAGGAUGAAAUGGGAUGGUGUUCAGUGCAAUGGGGUUACUUUCUCUUAUUUGAUUCGUGGUUGUUGUUGUUUUACUAAUGGUGGAUCUUUUGAGGAGGAAGGAAGGCAGCUACAUUGUGAUGCUAUUAAGCUUGGUUGGGUAGAAAUAAAUGUGUUUGUGGCCAAUGCCUUGGUUGAUUUAUACUCUGCUUGUGAGAAUUUAAAUGAUGCAAGAAAAGCAUUUGAAGAUAUACCUUUAAAAGAUGUAAUUUCAUGGAACUCAAUGGUUUGGGUCUAUGCCAAUAGUGGGCUACUUGUUGAUUCAGUUAAAGUAUUUUCUGGGAUGCAGUUUUGGGGGAACAGACCAUCGAUUCGAUCACUUGUGGGAUUACUAAAUUUUGCUAGUGGAACCAGGAAUAUUGGAUUUGGGAAGCAGAUACACUCUUAUGCAAUGAAAAUGGGAUUUGAUAGUGGAAGUGCUCAUAUCCAAUCUGCUUUGAUAAAUAUGUAUGGCAAAUGUGGUGACAUAGAGAGAUCUGUUGCCAUUUAUGAAAAUGCUGAAGGAAGAACUCUUGAAUGUUGUAACUCGUUAAUGACAUCUUUGAUGCAUUGUGGCUGUAUUGGAGAUGUGGUUGAGAUGUUUGGUUUGAUGGUUGAUGAGGGAAUUGGAAUCGACGAAGUGACUCUUUCGACAUCACUGAAAGCGUUAUCAGUGUCUGCUUUGACAAGCUUAGCAAGCUUGAAAAUGGUGCAUUGUUAUGCAGUAAAAUUAGGACUUGAAUCUGAUCUUGCAGUUUCCUGCUCUCUGAUUGAUGCAUAUUCAAAAUGUGGUCGUAUCGAUCACUCUCGAAUGGUCUUUGAACAGCUUCAAACACCAAGCACCAUAUGUUUUACAUCAAUCAUCAAUGGAUAUGCCCAGAAUGGAAUGGGAAGUGAAGCUCUUAAAUUUUUCCAAGCAAUGAUCCAUAAGAGUCUGAAACCUGAUAAAGUUACAUUCUUGUGUGCAUUAGCAGGGUGCAACCAUUCUGGGUUGGUAAAAGAAGGAAAAAUUCUGUUUGAUUCAAUGAAAACUUCAUAUGGAAUUUGCCCUGAUCGACAACAUUAUUCAUGUAUGGUUGAUCUCUUAGGCCGUGCAGGCUUACUAUAUGAAGCCGAGAAGCUGCUAAUUAAGGCAAAGGGAAACGAAGACACGAUGAUGUGGAGCUCGUUUUUGAGAAGUUGCAGGGUUCAUAAGAACGAAAAGAUGGGAAGACGAGCAGCCAAAGUCUUGAUGGAGCUUGAACCCGAGAAUCCUGCAAUUUGCUUGCAAGUUUCAAACUUUUACUCUGAAGUUGGGGAGUUUUCGACUUCAAUGGAAAUUAGAGAGUUGGCAAUGGCAAGGAAGGUUACAAGAGAGAUUGGUCACAGUUUAAUUGAGACCAGCAAUCAUUGUUUGAAGUUACAAUCUUGA